AUGGCGCCACACUUCGACGCCGACGGAAACAGGGUGGGAAGGCGGGACAUAAGCCCGAAAAGGAGCGUGGAAACCUGUCAAAAUUGCAUGGUGAUGAAUGCUAUUGAGUGUAUUACUACUCAGGAGCAGACAAGUAAGCCGGGCGGAGGGGGCCCAGUCCGGCUCCACUUGAGCGGCUCCCCCUGGCCCCGGUCGAGCGCCCCAGUCCAGUCCCAGCCAAGCACCCCCUGCUCGGGCUGGUUCCGGUCGAGCGGCUCCGACCUGGCCCAGCUAGGGACCCGCGGCACUGGUCGCGGUCCCGGCGGAGCGGACCUGGUCCCGGUCCCACACAGUGUGGUGUUCCUGGAGAGACACACAGACGCAAGCUCCGUGAAUCUAAACAGAGAGAUUCCACCCUCCCCCGUUUCCAGUCCUGGAAACACAAGCACUUCCCUCUUCACCCAGAGGGUAUGCAAAGAGCUUUAUAAGGAGAGGCAGCGAGCUGGCAUUGUACUCUCCUUCACCCUGCCAGGACAGCAGACGCACCAAGGAGCUACAGUGUCCUUGAAUAGUACCAGUAAUCCACCAUCCCUAUCACAGACUGCUGAAAAGCUACAGAACCUGAGGAGGAAACCAAAAAAAAGCAAAGAGGAUUUGAUGAAAGCAGUUAUGAAUCAAUCUGCCGGAGAGAGUAAGAGGCUGCAGGACUGGAGAGAAAAAAUUCAGCAGUGGAGGGAAACAGAAAGCAGGAGAAAGGAAUUGGCUAAGAAGAAAAGCACAAAGCAGCUGAUGAGCCUCCUGGCAGGCCAAACGGAGUGUAUGCAGUCACUCGUAGCCAUGCAGGCAGAGCACUACCGUGCUGCCCCCUCCACCAUCCCAAAGCUCUCUCCCUUGUGCCCCAAUGUCAGCUCAAAACCCCCUUCUCCAGCAUCCAGGUUCUUACCACCACCAGCUGCCCCCAACACCUGUACGUUCACUUACCAGCCCUGAGAACUACGACCCUUACCCCCUGCACUCAACCCCCAUCGCCAUGCAACAUUUUCAUCCUGAAGUGCAGCAGGCAUUGCACAGUACUCCAGGCAGGACAUAUUCAAAUCUCUGACUGUACAGUUCACUACCCAACCCCCCUGUCCUUUUACUUACUGUCUUUUCAAUAAAUGAUUUCUUGGCUUUUUAAACAGUUUUUAUUAUUGCAGAAAGUGAAAGAUACUGUACCUCAAGGAAAAAACAAGCACUGCAAAUCAUUGUAACCACUGCACUUCACUCCCGUGCAAGGCACCAAACAUUACUGUUGGCUUUCAGCCUCAAAUUGCUCCCUUAAGGCAUCCCUGAUCCUUGUAGCCCUGUGUUGGGCCUAUCUAGUAGCCCUGCUCUCUGGCUGUGCAAAUUCAGCAUCCAGGCAUUGAACCUCGGAGGUCCAUUCCUCACUGAAUGUUUCACCCUUCCCUUCACAAAUAUUAUGGAGGGUACAGCACGCGGAUAUAACAACAGGGAUGCUGCUUUCCCCCAAGUCUAGCUUCCCAUAAAGACACCUCCAGCAUCCCUUUAAAUGGCCGAAAGCACACUCCGCAGUUACUCUGCACCGGCUCAGCCUGUAGUUGAACUGGUCCUUGCUCCUGUCAAGCUUUCCUGUAUACGGUUUCAUGAGCCAAGGCAUUAACGGGUAAGCGGGGUCUCCAAGGAUCACAAUGGGCAUUUCGACAUCCCCUACUGUGAUCUUGCGGUCUGGGAAAAAAGUCCCAGCCUGCAGCUUCUUGAACAGGCCACUGUUCCGAAAGAUGCGUGCAUCAUGCACCUUUCCAGGCCAGCCUGUGUAAAUGUCAAUGAAACGCCCACUGUGAUCCACAAGUGCCUGGAGAACCAUAGAGAAAUACCCUUUCCGAUUAAUGUACUCGGAUGCCAGGGGGGUGGUGCCAGAAUAG